AUGGAAUCCUUCAUCGAAGACGAGAACCCAUUCGAGGCAGAGCCUGAUCGUCUGCAGUCGGACACGGCAUCCUCAAUGUCGAGAGUAGCUGUCUCGGAGCCCGUUUCACCACUUCCUCCACCCUCGCAUGACUUGUCUUCACCAUUGCAAUCACCAUCACCGCGAAGACCAGUAUUUCCCUCACAAGGUUCCCAUCGGCAGCCGCAGACGAAUAAGAGCGACUUUUGCUGUGCGCGCGAUCGGUGGCUACAUUCUGGAGAGGACGUAGAGAUAUCGAUCACGGACGCAGUGAAGACGUCUGUGAACUCGACUUCACCGUAUAUAGCUUAUGUCAUUCGUGCAGGGGAUGCUAAGGCCCAGCACCGCUAUUCAGAAUUCGAGUCGCUACGGAACAACCUCGUCAAAUUGUACCCAACGUUCAUUAUCCCUCCGAUACCCUCAAAACAGACCAUUGGGGACUAUGCUGUAAAGCAGGCAAGAGCAAAGGAAGACGCUGCCAUGAUUGCGCGGCGUAAGCGGACGCUUCAAACAUUCUUGAACCGCAUCGCCAGACAUCCUAUACUCUCAAACGAACAUGUAUUUCACAGAUUCUUGGACGGAGAGGUCUCUUGGACAGAGGUUCUGCACUCACCACCAAUAUCAUUAUUACCCAAGAAUAUUCUACAAGCACCAUCCCAUAACCCAACCGAUCAGAACGCAUCACCUGCAUACGCCGCGCUGCCCACUCCAUCUGCCUCACACCCCUUGCGCAAGCCAGAUCAACGAUUCUCCGACUCAGAGAUAUUCACCAACAAGUUUGCUGCACACAUGAGUGGGCCAAUGGAGAAGGUGACGCGGCGGGCGAUGAAACGAUGGUCAGACUUCGCACAAGACUAUUCUGAGCUCGGCGCAACAUUGAAUGGCUUCAGUCUGAAUGAGACUGGCCAGCUCUCGACAGCAGUCGAGAAGACCGGCCAAGCCAUCGAUACUACAUCUAUGUCCACAAACAAUCUGCUGCAAGAGAUAGAGCAGGAUUGGGCGGAACCAUUGCACGAAUACAGCCAGUUUGCGUCUAUCAUCAAGAAGCUGUUGGCGUACCGACACCAGAAGCACGCACAAUAUGAGAUGACUCAGGAUCAGCUGGAAGCGAAGCGUGAGCAACUUGAGGAGCUUGAGAAAAACGAGCGUGAAGCGCAGAGGCUUGAGGAGGCCCUCGCACAGGGACGUGCCGGCUCCCUCAGCUCCUCACGUCCGAAUCUACACCAAGGAGGUGGAAUCGCGGAGGGAAACGGAGAGGAUGGACAGGAGCCGGAUGCGCCACAGCCUGAGCCAUCAAUGUAUCUUCCACCGCACCCGGGACCCAACCCUGUGAGGCGACGAGCCCCUGGUAUGGGUUUACUGAAUGCACUGAGCUACACCUUGCACGGAAUGAUGGACGUUGAUCCCGAGACUGCGAGGCGCAAUCAGAUUAGCAAGACCCGGGAGACGAUAUCACAGCUGGAAGAUGCGUUACACUUAUCUACGCAGGACCUCAAGUACUGCGGCUCGACUAUCCAGGCCGAUUUAGAUCGCUUCCAGCGACAGAAGGUUGCAGACUUGAGGGAGAUGGCCAUCAGUAUGGCUCGCAGUCAUCGUGACUGGUGCAAGAAGAAUCUCGCAGCAUGGGAAGAGGCGAAGGCUGAGAUUGCGAAGAUUCCUGAACACCCUAACCGGAUACCAGACGAGGGAGCUAACGGAGGACUUCAUACAAAUACGAGAGACUCCACAGCCACUAUCAAUGGUCGCUGA